AUGAGAAAACAUUCCACAAAGCCUGAGGGAAGGAGGCCCAUAUGAGAAGGAGAAAAAAAAACACUCGAACCCAGAGAGAGUAUAAAGACGAGCAAAGUGCUGGAGGUGGAGUGUGGGCACCAUCAGCAGAGAGAUUGUCCCGACAGAGAGGCAAUUCUAUUCCCUACCAACAUGAAGCUGUUGCUGCUGCUGCUGUGUCUGGGCCUGACCCUGGUCUGUGGCCAUGCAGAAGAAGCUAGUUUCGAGAGAGGGAACCUCGAUGUGGACAAGCUCAAUGGGGAUUGGUUUUCUAUUGUCGUGGCCUCUGAUAAAAGAGAAAAGAUAGAAGAGAACGGCAGCAUGAGAGUUUUUGUGCAGCAUAUCGAUGUCUUGGAGAAUUCCUUAGGCUUCACGUUCCGUAUUAAGGAAAAUGGAGUGUGCACAGAAUUUUCUUUGGUUGCCGACAAAACAGCAAAGGAUGGCGAAUAUUUUGUUGAGUAUGACGGAGAGAAUACAUUUACUAUACUUAAGACAGACUAUGACAAUUAUGUCAUGUUUCAUCUCGUUAAUGUCAACAACGGGGAAACCUUCCAGCUGAUGGAGCUCUAUGGCAGAACAAAGGAUCUGAGUUCAGACAUCAAGGAAAAGUUUGCAAAACUAUGUGUGGCACAUGGAAUCACUAGGGACAAUAUCAUUGACCUAACCAAGACUGGUAAGUCAGGACUCACUUAUUUUUCUCAUCCUGAAUAUUAUAUCAUAGAAGAAAUGAACCUGGGGGAUUGGCUAUCAACCAUUCAUUGAAAGCUGGAGAGGCACCUCAUUUCCUCUUCGGGGAAUAACGUGGACCUGGUACCUGAACACGUUCUUGUUCUCAUCCUGCAGAUCGCUGUCUCCAGGCCUGAGGUUGAAGAAAGGCCUGAGCCUCCAGGUGGGCAAUCUCCAGUGAGAGCAAGGUGGGGGUGGGCAUGGACCAGGCCUUCCAAAAGCAUUAUUAUUGUGCCCCCAAAUUAUUAUAAGAAUGAUUUGAUAAGGAGUCUUUGAGGAGGGCUUGAAAAAUGGCUUUGAAUUAUGUGGAUUUGUGAUUAUCUUGCCUUAUUUUGAGCUCUAAAGCAAAGUGACCCAAGCACUUAGGCAAGAAAACAAGGGAGUGAGUUUUCGAUAGUUGCUGCAUGGUUGUGUAAAAAGGGCUCAGCGAUGUGUUAAGUGUCAUUAAGAGUUAAAGUUUGAAACAGAGAGUAGCAGGAUGUGAGUAUGACUGCUCUUCAGAGACUGCGGUCCUACUCCAUCCCACUCUGCACAAUACGAUCUUCAUCUGAACUCCGUACAACCUUGGCUUCUUACCUGGAAGUGGAGUUGCAUGAUCUCCACUUCUCCUCCAGUCUGGAGAGCAGACUCCUCUGACCCCUCUUUCCCAUUUCCCAAGACUUCACUCAGGCAAUGUAUGAAAGUCUUUAAAAGUGGCCAAGGCUUUCACCAUUAUUCCUCAAGGCAAUGACCAUUCUUCAGAGCUUCUUAUGCCGAAGGUUGUGGAAACAAGCCUCAGACCUUUCGUUACUUCAUUUUUCAUAGGCCUUCCAUAAGGAAAGAGUCAUUUAUUCUAUGCCUUUAAUCCCUGUUUUCUGACAAAUAAUGUUGAUUAGAUUGCAGGGCAAGAUCUAUUUCUUCAUCCUUUGUUCUAUACAAUAGAGUGCCUCUCUGUCCAGAAGUCAAUCCAAGAAGUGCUUAAUGGGUUCCUUUAUUCUUUCUUCCUGGAUUACUCCAUGCUGAGUGGAGACUUCUCACCAGGACUCCAGCAUUACCAUUUCCUGUCCAUGGAGCAUCCUGAGACAAAUUCUGCGAUCUGAUUUCCAUCCUGUCUCACAGAAAAGUGCAAUCCCGGUCUCUCCAGCAUCUUCCCUAGUUACCCAGGACAACACAUCGAGAAUUAAAAGCUUUCUUAAAUUUCUCUUUGCCCCACCCAUGAUCAUUCCGCACAAAUUUCUUGCUCUUGCAGUGCAAUAAAUGAUUACCCUUGCACUUAAA